UUAUUUUAACACUGUGUUUGCACAAUAAAAUUAUGCAUUCAACAGGUUUCUGUUGCCCUCCAGAAAAAUUGUAACACAAGUAAUAUACUUGCUUCUUAGCAGUGACACAAAGAUAGUUAAAAGGAAAAUAAAAAUCGUAUUAGAGCUAAGGUCAAGGUGAUACAUUCGCGUGUAUAAUGCUUCAUACAGAGUUCUGAUACACAUAUCAGAAAGUUAAAGUUUAAUGAAAAGAGAGAUUUUUUUAAAAUUGGAAAUGCCAUUUGAAUCUUCGCCUCUAAUUCCUUUUGGGCUGAAAUUUGGCAUGUGUGUUUCAACUAUUAGCUGUCGGAGUUCUAAAGUUGCUUGUUUCAAAAUACGGAAUGCUACUUGAGAGGUUUUAGAUAUUGGAGGCAUGCAUUCAUUUGACUCAAGCGUCUGCAAGUUUUAUUAUCACAGAGGAGGUUUUUUUGGCAACUCAGUUGCUUUAAGUGUGUUAAGAUAUUUAAAUGUUAAAACAAUAAACGGUACAUUCUAAGUAAUGCAUUUUGCUAUCAUAACCUUUUAGGGGCAGAUCCUCAGCUGGUAGCAUUGCAAUAUUGAAGUCAGUAUUGCUACAUUGACUUAUGCCAGAUGAAGAUCUGACCCUUCAAAUAUAAAGUUACUGGCAUGAGCUAGUGUUACUACAACCACAUUUAAAUGUUUGAAAGGCCUUUGUCUUUCUCAGAAAAUCUUAAAUGGCCAUCAGAAAUGCUAAGGCAGGCUGUGUCGAAAGGUAGUCAAGCUUCAUACUAUCCAAAUUCUGAAUGGGGCUGAGUACCUGAUGCUCCUCGACACCACUCAGAAUUUGCCCCUCUACCGUUGUAUCUAUGCAAGAAAACUUUGUACCUUUUGUGCAAGCUCUAAGACGUAGACAGGGCUCAGGCAUUUUUACCACUGUGUCAUAAAAAUGUGCUCAGACUAGGUUUUGUUGAGUGGUCAUAGUGGCAGUAGUACCUAAGCCAUUGUCUGCAUUAGCAUUUGUAGCACUGAUAGUCUAGGACCAACUGCACAGUGGUGGAUAAUGGGAACAACAUUUUCGUGUCUAGUUUGAAAAUUUCAAAUCAGUGCACUUUUAAAGGAAGAUGUGAGGAAAAUCUCACUGCUUUGUAAUAUCAUGACUUCUGUUACUUAGCACAAGGAGCAGACAAAAGCAAAAGUGACUUAUUUGACCUGUAAGAACUUACUACAAUAUCCUAACAUUGAUUUGGGUCAAAAAUCAAUCUGCCCUGAUAAAAAUAAGGAUUGAAGGGCUAACCAACCUACUUUUUUGUUUUCUGGUGUCAUUUGGUGUGUGUUGGCCACAUAUUCCUAGUAGGAGCCAUCUGUUCCCCUCCCCACAUGCUGUUCUUGGUCCCUUUCUGCCUGUAUAGUAUGUUCUUAGGACAGGGUUUCUUAAAUUUGUUCAUAAUGUGGACGAUGUUGUAACAAUGAGAUUGUCUUAUGGGCAACUCCCUUCUAAUUUGCGAUUUAUGCAGAUGAUCUUCCAUUAAGGAUUGUAUGACAUCCUUGUGAUGAUCACAGAAAUUUCCUUAUAUUAAAAAAAUAACAUUUGGAACCUAUGUAAUAUCUUUUUAGUGGCUUUCAUGCAGUGUAGAAGCUGUAAACAAGGAGAACCAGCACAGUGGGACCAGCCAGCUCUCACAGACCACAGUCUGGGAGCUUCUGUGUUAGGAGCAAUUGAUAUUGUGGUCAGGUUACUUGGAUUGGUGGUGAUGUCUUGCCCAUUUUGUAAGUCCUCACACUGAACCUUGCCACUCCAUGACAAAUUUCUCCUGGAAAGCAAUCUGAGACGGCUUCUGUUGCUGGGUGUCUCUCAUUGUACCAUGCUACGGCAGCAUCCCAAUUUGCUCUCCUCUAUUUCCUUAUUACAUUUAAAGUUGCUCACUUGUUAACCAAACAGCUGUUUAGACUUGAUGUCUAUAUAGAUGACUUGUUUAUAAUAUUCAUAGGUUGGUUAAUGUUUAAAAAGAGAUGAGAGAAUCUGGGAGCGAGCUGCCGUUCUGCCAUGCUAAGGACAGGGGUGUUACAGAGUAAGGUCUGUGCAUUGCUAUAAUCUGAUGCAGCAAUACUUUGCUAGCUCUGUCACCUGAAGAAAGAUGUGAGUAGAGACUCAUUGCUACCUAUGUGGGGGGUGAGGAUCUAAGUCAAUCAGCACAUUCUUUUAAAGCUUCACAAAUAUAUGUAACUAAUACAAGUGGAGAAGGAGCAAAGAUGUUAAUGACAAAGACCUUCCACUGUGGACCUGAUCUUAACAUGGAUUGAUGUUGUUUGGCUAGUGUGUGUAAAAGGGAAGGAAAUUGAAGAGCCAAUGAAAAACAUGCUUAAUUAAGUGUGAAAGGUACUGUCCUUGUUAACGACAUGACAAGAUCCGGUAAAGAGCUUAGCUGGCCAGAUUAAAACUAAAAAAUUGUCUCCUCAAUCCAUCUGCUAACUCCAAGGAGCUUGCUUUCAGCACCUUUUGUUAUUUCUGAAAUGAAGUGGAAUGCUGUACUUCCUUUGCGAAGAAAAUAAUCUCUGAAACAUUUUGGCUGGCUUUUGUUGUGAUUUAAUAAUAAUAAUCCUUUUGUCAAAGACAAUUACAUGUGACGUCAGUAAAUUUUCGAGAAGGGAAGGCAACUGACUGUGUUAAAAAGGGAUUUUUUUUCCCCCUUAUUUAUUUUUUUUAGCCAAAAUAAAUAUGCUGAACUUUCCUUGGAAAAUCCAUCUGGGUGUCUUGAUUUUUGUGUUGAUUGAAGGGGAUCUUCAAGUAUUUACAGCAGAAACUUACUCAGCUGCAGAGGAAAUUGAGGGUAAGGAUGCUACACCAACAACUCAACCCAAUGGCAGGCAAUUACUAAACCCUUCGUUGUCUCCUGAGUCAAGACACCGUACUGAAUUCAUGGGAAAGGAACAACUCAACAGGCAUGUGUUGUUUCGAAGGAAGAGGUCCAUCCUGUUUCCUAGUGGAGUUAAAAUUUGUCCAGAUGAGACUGGUGAGCAGGCCAUUGCCAACCAUCUGAAAUACUUCAAACUCCGAGUGUGUCAGGAAGCAGUCUGGGAGGUCUUCAAGACAUUCUGGGAUAGACUUCCAGCACGUGAAGAAUAUCAGUACUGGAUGAGUUUGUGUGAGGAAGGAACUAUGAGCAUAUUUGAAAUGGGCACAAACUUCAGUCAGUCCGAAGAGCACCAGAGCCUGAUUAAGAAGAAACUGUCCUAUAUGAAAGAAGAAAUGGAUGGCGCCUGCAGUGAUUGGUCCUGUGGCUCUGGAAUUCCAACACCUUCUCCAGCUGCUGAUGCUACAACAUUAAGAGAUGCAGCUGCCAAUGUCCCACCCCCUCAUGAGGUCUCCAUUGAGAGUCCAUCAGAUUAUACCUUCAACAAGAAUGAAGACUCAGAUGCUAGCAUCAACAAUGAGAUCAAGAAGGAGGAAGGGAAGCUGAUGAAACCUGUUCCUGACCAGAUGGUUGAGUUCAGAAUCCUUAUUUUGGGAGAGAAAUACACUGAGGAAUUGAGUGACCCAUCCACCAUGCAGCAUCAGCUACUCUCAGAACAAUUUAUUUCCCAGGUAAAAAAUGCAUUUGAAGGAUUACCUGGAUACAAUAAUAUCCAUGUGCUGGAAUUCAGUGGUGUGGAGGUUCACUACGCUGUCACGUUUGUUGGGGAAGCCAUCAGCAAUGCCACCUGGGACCUUAUUAACCUUCAGUCCAACAAAGUGGAGGACAACUCCCUCGUAGAACUUGAGGAUAACCCAACUGUUGUUUACACAAUCAGUGACUUCAGAACUUAUAUUGCUGAAAUCCUUCAAAAGAACUCUUUCCUUGAAAAUGUCUCUUUGACCUUGGACCCUGACUCUCUCCAGCUCAUUAAUGUGAAAGAAGUUCUCUCCCCUGCACCUGAAGACACAUCCAGGAUUACUGAAAAUCCAAUGGUUCUUGAGUCUCCAGAAGUUGAUGACGAUAAUGCCCUUUUAGCUGAGUGGCCCUCUGCAGACGCAACAACUGCAAGCAAUAUCUUGCCACUUGAUUUCACCAAAUCAGGUUUCACCUUUGACAGUGAACAGUCCAAUAGCAAUGAAAUCUGGUUAAGAUCAGAAAACCUGGACUCUGAUAACAACAUGAAUUCAACACCAAAGGCUGUCCUCACUUCUUCUCCUGGUGGGAUGAGUCUAGAGGAAGGGAGCCAGACUCUUCAUUCUGUCACCCCAUCAAUAUUAGAAAAUGGCUCUCCUGUGGACUCUCAGGAAUGGCUGUCUAUCCCUGCUUCUUUAGAAGAUGAUGCUGGAGUGUCGGAAGGCUUUCUUCUGCCUUCCAGUCUAUACCCUCAUCUUGCACCAAAAGAAAUGCCAUCCACAGUCAUUUCUGUGGUUCCUCCGACUUCUAUAACAACAAUGGCCUCUACAUCAGAAACAGAGCCUAAUAAUGAGGGAGUGAUCUCUGCAGAGAAGGCAAGAGAAGCCAUACCCAUUGACAUAGACUCUAUAUCCCGUGACAGCCUGGAGGACGGAGAAGUUUAUCUAGAGGUGAACCCUCUGCAACCCGAUCUGUAUCCAGGAGGAGAAAUUAUUUAUGAGGAUGGAUCUGGAUCAGCAUUUGAUGCUUCAGGUCAAGAGGCAUGGCCAUGGGGCAUAGCAACAUUAGAGCCAGUUUUCUACCGUCUUCCUGAAAGCUGGCUGAAAGAUAAAAAUGAUUCUCUGUUAAUCAGAGCACAGGAUACUCCUGAGGGACAGAUCCUGGAUUAUAUAAUUGAUUCUAUAGAGAAAUUAAAUGGUAAUCCUGAGGAUGGAGGCAUGACCAAUGCAAGAGGGGAAUUCACUGAUGACUCUGAAUCAAAUGUACCUGGACUUUCAGAAACUGCAACUCAGCAGGUGCCUAUGUUACGGACACAAGAAACCUUGAAUGUGGAACUGUCCAUGCAAACAUUAGAGGCAUCAGGCAUGUCUGAUUAUUCUUCAUCCUUUGCAUAUGAGCCCUCAGUGGACUAUUCUUCUUUAGAUAUGGCAGAUGAACAGACCUCCAUCUCACCACAUGAAAAAGAUAUCUCUAUAGAAGGUCAUCUCCUUACAUCUACAGAGACGUUCAAUGUUAAACAAGCUGAAGAGUCCAGUGAGGAUCAUCAAAUCAUUUAUGAAGCAGUAGGAAACCAAAACAAGGAAGGAACAAAGCCAGAAGAACUAUCCACAACAGUCCAAUCAGGUGUAGCUGUUACAAUAGGACACCAAGACAUGGAUUCCUCAUGGACUGGGCUCCUCAAGCCAGAAACAGUCCUGACAGCAACUCCUAUGAUGGAAAAUAUAGUCACUGACAUUUUCAUGGAGGAGCAGCAAAUUCCAGAUUUGCACUUGACAACUCAACAAGCUUCUGGAUCGGUUGCUGUGAAACCAAUAAAUAUUUGGCCUACUCACAACACUGAAAGGGCAUCUGAGAAACCUGCAGAUCAAGACAUGCAAUCUGAAGCACCGAGUAAGGCUGAAGUUUCAACGAUAGCUCCUUAUUUACUGGAGCUGCCGACUGGUACAGAGGAUUUCACUGGACAGUCUAGUACAGACCAUGAAACUAGUACCCCUAGUAGCUUAAAUAUGGCAGUGGGUUCUUUUGCAACAGUGACUAUAACAAAGAAUCCUAUUGAUUCCCUGUCCAGUUUCCCUACUACACAAUAUACAGUUAGCUCAAUAAAACUGGGGGAGGACGUGACUACAAGAGUGCUGGAUCAUGUGGGCACAAUGUUGUAUCCUCAUGAGAUGAACCUGGAAGAAAGAAGUAUGACUGAUAGUCGCAUGGAGGUAUCUACCAAUGUUCACUCCACAGAGAUGGCCAGCAUAGCUUGGCCAACGCAUGCAAAUCGCAACACUACCAUGUCCUCACGAGCUUUAGUGGUGUUCUUUAGCCUCCGUGUUACCAACAUGAUGUUUUCAGAGGACCUAUUCAAUAAAAAUUCCCCAGAAUAUAAGGCACUGGAGCAACGAUUCUUAGAACUGCUGGUUCCCUACCUCCAGUCCAAUCUAACAGGUUUCCAGAAUCUCGAAAUCCUGAACUUCAGGAAUGGCAGUAUUGUGGUGAACAGCCGCAUGAAGUUUGAAAAACCUGUGCCUCGUAAUGUCACGAAUGCGGUCUACAUAAUUCUGGAAGACUUCUGCAACACUGCUUACCAGACCAUGAACCUGGCCAUUGACAAGUACUCCCUGGACGUGGAAUCAGGAGAUCAAGCUGAUCCUUGCAAGUUCCAGGCUUGCAAUGAGUUCUCCGAAUGCUUAGUAAAUCGCUGGAGUGGUGAGGCAGAGUGUGUUUGUUAUCCUGGCUAUCUAAGCAUUGAAGGAUUGCCCUGUAAUAGCAUCUGUGACCUACAACCAGACUUUUGCCAAAAUGAUGGGAAGUGCGACAUAAUCCCAGGACAAGGGGCCAUAUGUAGAUGUCGUGUAGGUGAGAACUGGUGGUACAGAGGAGAGCACUGUGAAGAGUAUGUCUCAGAGCCAUUGGUUGUGGGUAUCGCAAUUGCUUCAGUGGCUGGCUUCCUUCUUGUGGCAUCCGCUGUAAUUUUCUUCCUGGCCAGGACCCUUCGAGACCAGUACUCAAAAAGUGACACUGAGGACUCUUUAGGGCAGGGUGACAGCCUCUCCUCCAUUGAGAAUGCAGUGAAGUACAACCCUAUGUAUGAGAGUGAUACCACUGGGUACAGCCACUACUAUCGGAGAUACCCACAGCUCACCUCAUACAGCUCUACCAGUGCAGAGACGUCCACAGACUACAGCAGUGAAGAGAUAAGGCACAUUUAUGAGCAUAGUGAGCUCACAAAGGAGGAAAUCCAGGACAGAAUACGGAUUAUAGAGCUUUAUGCCAAAGAUCGGCAGUUUGCAGAGUUUGUUAAACAACAUCAAAUGAAGCUGCUUUAAAAAAAAAAUUGAAGCCAGUAGAAGUGGAAGAUGACCUUGUUGCCCUAGUAACAGGGCACACACAAAACUGCAAAGUUACAUAUAGUCUUUAUGUUGUAUGGAUAUUAAACACUGCUGGUUGGAUGCAGAUGUUUUCUAAAUGAAUGAUUAACUAUAAGAAUGUUUAUCUGGCUUUUCUGAGUACAGUUAUGAUGGUAACCAGAGGUCAUGAACAUUCACUUUUUAAUUAGGGAAAAAGCAUUUCCUGAACUGGACAUUGAAAGUUUGUGCAUGUAUUUUCUCAUCUCGAAGAUUUUUUGCUUGGUGUGCGAAGAAAAAAUUAAAAUGAAAUACAAGUUUUUCAUGUUACUCUGGUGUUUUCCUGUUUCAAAAGUAAAGUAUUAGUGGGGGGAAAUAUUUGGGAUGCAGGUGAGAGGUUUAUAGGAGGAUACUGGUUCUGCUCAAGUGAUACUAGCAUUAUUUUGAUAUGGCCCAAUAAUAAUCCCAGACAAAAUGUAUUAUCUUGCUAGAGAAUUUAUGUUUUGUACGGCUGGCUGAUUUACCCUUGUUUGUUGCUCACCAACAAAAAUAAAUAGUCAUGUACUUCUUAAGGUUCAGCUUGCAGCUCUCAUGACACUUUAAUUGCUUUUAAAAACAAAAGAAUUCAAUGUUGUUGGCUUUCAACUGCCACAUGUCAGCAUGGGGAGAUGGUGCAGUUCUUAGUAGUUGCCACCAAAAGAAAUACUAGAAUGCGUGUGUGUUCUGCUUCUCUCCCAGUUCCCGAUUGGGGCAAACAAGGGCUAGACCCCCUCCCUGCCUUUACAGAACAUUUCUAGAAUAUUACAUUACUAACUCUAUCAUCCUAAAUUAUUUUAAAUGUAGAGAAUUUUUAUUUUUGCUUCUAUAGUUUAGUUAUUUUGUUCCCUAUGAUUGGUUAUUUUCAUAAUGGCUUAAUUGUGCUACAAGACGACUUAUGACACCAUUCUUGUUUUUUAUUCCUCUGGCACUGAAUUUCUCGUCUUAGAAUUGUAUGCAUCCAUCAUUCAAACUAAAGCCAACUGAAUACCAGAUAAAAUUCAGCUGACAUAUUUGAAUAAUACAUUAGUCAACCACUAGCUCUGAGUCAGAUAGUGUAGUAUUUACUAGUCAAUAUAUUUUAUAGUUUUGCCUCCUCAGAUGUCAAUGACCUCACUUCUGGCUUAGGGGAAACCUAAUGUUAAGUCUUUAAAUCUGGAAAGUAGUUUAGUUUAAUUACUUAAAAAAAUUGUUUUUCAGGGCAGAUAUUAUAUAAAGAUGUGCUUCCAAUAAAAAUCUGGACCUGUAUUUUGAACCCUCAAAAGUUCCUAUGGGUUUUGUAUGGCUUAUUAAAGAAGGUGCCAGCAUGAAAUUUGGAUCUGGAUCCAGGUUUGAACUCCAAGCUCAGGGAUGUUCACAUCUUUAGUAUUUAAUACUAAAGAGUAACAUUUUCCCACCUGAUUUAAUACCCACUGAAAAAUGAAGUUAAUUUUUUAACCAAGGUGGUAGUCCAGAGACCCACAAGUGCCAACAAACCCCUCCUCGCCACUUUUCCAAUGCAUAUUACAGUUUAGUCAUGGUGAGAGCUACUUACCUUCCUAACUUAGACAGCUGGGUGAGACUCCUGUGAAGAAAAACACUACUUCCAAAUGUUUUUAGUGCUCCACAGCUGCUGUGGGAGAACACUUCACCAGAUUGUUGGGUUAUCCUCAAUUUCAAUGCCAGGGGUAAGGACUCAUGGCUUAAGUGUCAAGCUGGAAAUCAACAGCCCAUGAACAGUUGGUGGGUGCUUAGUAAUGCCAUAGUCAAUGAGCCAGAUCUUGUGGAGUAGUGUGAUCACUGGGCGCUGCACAAUCUGUCUUUAAAGAUGACUUUCAUGGCCCUCAGGCACUGUAAAGAUGCACCACUUUCCCUCCCUGCUGGAGCAGGGAAAGGGGGCAUUGCUGGGAUAUUGCUCUGUUACACCAAUCCUCCCCUUCUGUUUUGGGCCCCUGUAAUCUAGUCUAGUUGAGAAGAAUAGCAGAAUCAGCGUGGAUGCAAAAUUAAACUUUAAGAUACUUUUGCAUAGCACCCCUGCAGUUAUGUUUCUUUGCGGUUGGGUUAUAACUAAGAAUGAGACGCUAAAACUUAGUGAUAUAAAAAGGUGCAUUUUCAAUAUGGUGCCCAGGGAAUAAACCACUCCCCUCAACCUUGAUGCUUCAUGCCUUCUGGUGUGCUGUACUGACAACUUACUUCACAAUCCAGAUGCAAGUUCAGGUUAAAUGAGCGACACGUCUGAAUCCUGGAUCUGAGCAGUACUGAAAUUUGAACCUAAAGCUGGAUCUAAAUUUCAUGGUUGUUAAUCCCUUCCCUUUAGUGAUCUGAAACAAAAAUUGCAUCGGUGAGGGUUGAGAUUAGGAAAUGCAUCUUGGGCCCAUCUCUAGUUAAAGCUAAACCCUAGUCUAGUGGUCCCAUCCGUAAGCAGUAGCCUAGAAGAGGUCCUGCUCACACUGAACAUGUGGUAUUUCAUUGUACAUACAGGGAAUAUUUUUCUUUUUGUAUAUAAUGUCUUAUUUUCACUGCAAUAAAUGUUUUUGUUUCAAGAAUGUGUCUGUAUUCUCCUCCCCCCCCCUUAAAAUCUUGACCAGUUUUUAAAAUUGAUGUGGAGACUAUGAAAACAUAAUGGAAUGGCAAAGGCAUUUAUUUUAUAAAGUUGUAAGUGAACAUUUGCACUACUUGGAACAGGUUUUUAAUAAAUCUGGUAGAACUGUUAAACUCAUUUGUUAAUAAAAAUGCCAAGUAAAGUUCUCAA